AUGUUAAAGCAAAGUAAUUUGAUGAAAUUUUUUAAGAACAAUAAUAAAAAUAUUGACGAUAAUAUUAGUUUUUGUGGCAAUGAAAAGGAAGAAAAUCGUAAAAGAAAACAAUUAGGUGCAAAUGUAGAUGAAGCAGUCUUGGAUGAUCCCCAGCCUUCAGGUUCAGUUCAAACUGCAACCAAUCUCCAUGAUAUAGGUAAUUAUGUAGGAAAUUCAAUGACGGAUCAAGAAAAAGAAAUUGUGUUAAAGUCAUUGGGACGCCUCCUAAAACCUACCAAUUCCCUGUUGAGCCUAAACGGCGUCUUAAAUUUCAAAUGCGUUGGCUUGAACGAUUUUCUUGGCUUUCAUAUUCUGACAAAAAAGAGGGAGCGUUUUGUAAAUUUUGUGUUAUAUUUGGUAGGGAACAUGUGGGAAAAGGUGCUAACCAAAAAGUUGGGUUUUUGGUAA